AUGCAAAAAUAUAAACACAAUACAAAAUCGAAUUAUAAUAGUAAAAUUCAAAUAUGGACAUAUCAUAGAUACAACUAUGGUCGAUACAUUAAACUUAUAUGUUUAAUUAUUGUAUUGUUUAUUUUAAUUCAUAUUAUUCAAACUGGAUUAUUUUUAAUGAAACAUUUUACAGAAGAUGAAAAUAGAAGUAAUAUGAUAAAACUUGAUAUGCAUAUAUGGCAAAGUCUUAUUAAUGAGCAAUCUAAAAGAAAAAUUCCUAGAUAUAUACAUCAAAUUUGGAUUUCAUCAAAAACUAAUAAAGAAAUAUAUGAAAAUUUUCGAAUAGCUGCUAAUGCUUGUAUUGAAUUACAUUCGAAUUAUAAUUAUACA